AUGGACAAGGCCCGGAGCGGACAGGGGAACCUUGAGCCACCGACGAGUAGUGAUCAAGACCAGCAGCCGCCAUCGCAGUCAGGGAACCUCAGCGGCGGCGUCGAGGGUAACGACAACGCCAUAAAAUCCAGAUCAUGCUUUGCGUGCAGGAGAAGAAAAGUCAAGUGCAACAAGAAACAGCCCUGCGAGAACUGUGUCAAGAUGCAGAUGCCGUGCAAUUAUCCGACCACGUCGAGAGGAAAGCUGCUGGCCUCGUCGCCGGAGCUGUUGAGGACAAUACAGUCCCUCGCGCAAGCAGUGCAUACACUAGAGCCUGCUCUCAGGCAGAGACAGAUUGAACCGGCGCCUCGACCGGUAUCACCUCGCCCAGCCCCGCAGCCUGGGCCACAGAUUUCCCUUCCUCAGUCAUCUUCCCAGCAGCGAAUGCUACCAGAGAUACCCCCCAGCCAGCUGCCCACACAGCCGGGGGUCGAUGCUGGGAGAGAGUGGGUGUCCGCAACGAGAACACCCGACUCGGCUGGCGGCAGGCUGGUUCGUGAUCAGGGCAAGCUGACUUACGUCAAGGAGUCCCCGUGGAAUGCCUUGAACUUGCGGCCGCCGGGAGCCUCUGUUUCGGAAUCAGAGGACGAAGACGAUGACGAAGAAGGGGAAGAAGAAGACUUCGUGUCCAAGGAAGAGGAGCCCCAGCCUGACUACAGCUUCUUUCUCGGCCUCGAUCCGGGUCCUGACAACGCAAGCUCUCUCCAGCCACCUCCAGAAGCGAGAAUGCUACUCUGGAGUAUUUUCAAGGAAAACAUCGACCCCAUGACGAAGAUUGUCCAUGUCCCCACGCUCGAACCUAGACUGGUCGACGCGAUGAGACAAGAUCAUCGGCCUUCUGACAGUCUCGAAGCGCUCUGUUUUGCCAUCUUCUUCGGAUCUGUCACCAGUUUGUCAAACGAAGAAUGCCAGUCUCUAUUCUCCGAGGAUCGCUCGACGCUCUGUUCGCGAUUCCGCCUCGGUGUUGAGCGAGCACUGGCAAAGUGCAAGCUGGUCUCGACGGACGACCUCGAGGUCCUGCAGGCUUUUGUAUUAUAUCUGGUCUUGCUACGAAACCACAGUGCCCAGCUAUCGUGGAAGUUGACCGGCCUCGCAGCCCGACUGGGACAGUCGCUCGGUCUACACCGCUCUGGUGACUUUGGCCUGCCCUUGUUCCAGCUGGAGCUCCGGCGGAGGUUAUGGUGGCAGAUUGCGAUUCUCGAGGCGCCGGCCUCUGAAGAUUCUGCAUCCGAAUAUACCUUACUCGAGGUCAGCAGCUUCGAUGCACAACUCCCGCGGAAUCUGGACGAUAGAGACCUGUUCCCAGAUAUGACAGACUACCCGGAUCGGCAGGAAACGUUCACAGACACGACCUUCAUCCUCCUCCGGUGCGAGAUCACCGACAUCAUGAGAACCAUGUCCGAUUCACGACGGUAUCUCGUCGAAAUGGGCAAACGACUCUGCGACAUGUCUCUUCAGGAGAGACACAUGUGGGUGCAAUCGUGCGAACAGCAUUUAUUUCUUCGGUACAGCCGGCUCUGUUCGCCCUCGAGUCCGUUACAAUGGGCCACACAGCAACUCGUUUCGAUCCUGACGCGCAAACUGCGCCUCCACAUCCAAGAGCCCCUGCAGAGACACACCACCCUGACCGAAAGUGAGAGGGACAGACUCUUCGAGGACGCCGUCGAGACUCUCGAGACGACGUUCAAGCUCCGCACCGACCCCCGAACCCAGAAGUGGCACUGGUUCUUCCACUCCUUCAACCAGUGGGAGGCCCUGGCCUAUGUUCUCUACUGCCUCUGUCUGCAGCCCUUGGGGAAGAAGGCCAAGCGCGGCUGGCGCGCCGUCGAGGAAAUGGCCGUGCUCAGAUGGAACCCCAUGUCGUCGGGGAUUCACAGGGAGGCGCGCCAGUGGCGGCAGAUCAUGCGCAUGAUGGACCAGGCGAAGGCGCAGAGGCGGAAAGCCCUGCAAGCCGCAAAGCGCAGACAGAGCGUGUCGGUGCCUUCCACAGGUUCAGCUUCGGCUUCGGUGGAUGUGCGAGGUCCUCCUCCCAGCAGCAUGGGAGCAGCGGUAGAGUCUGGGUCUGGCAGCCACGAAGGUGUGGAUGGGGGAAUGCCAUAUCCCGCUCUGUCGUCUCAGCAGGAACAACCACUCGACGAUCCGGGCAGGAUGUCUUUCAGUGACCACAAUGCCCUUUUCUGGCUCGACCAGCACGAGACAGACGGGGACGCGGAUCAAAUGCCCGGCUUGGACUUUGGCGAAGACAUCCCAGACUUUACUUCUGCGGACUUCAAUAUGGGAGGGUUUCCGUGA